AUGAAGCCCAGGAUAUCACCUUACGGGGGACAUCUGUUCAAUCCGCCACCUACGCUCGCGGGGAAAGCAGCUGGUCGCCGUUAUGUCAUCUCAUCUUCCUCACCCUCUUCCUCCGCAUCUUCUCCGCCCAAACAGCGUCUCUGGCUUCGACUGGCCGUCGUGACCGCGACAGCGGCAGGAAUUGGGGCAUAUAUCAGAUCGCAAAGGGGUCCAGAAUCUGCGACCCUGAAUCCAGUCACUUUCACCAAAUACCGCCUAGUUGCAAGGGAACCGGUAUCGUCGAAUGGCAGCAUCUUCACUCUGAAGCCAGCCCACCCAGAAGACAAUUGCGAGGUGUACGAGGAAGCAUGGAAGACUGGGGUAUGGAGUGUCAUGUUCAAGCAACCGCAAUUGCAGAUUGGAAGAGAUUAUACACCCCUCCCGCCAUCAUCACCGGACAGCGAGGAGGAUGGCUCCCUCCGGUUCUUCAUCCGCAAGGACCCCUUUGGUGAAGUCUCGCGGUAUCUGCAUGCGCUUGAUUUGGGAUCCUCCAUUGAGGUCCGUGGGCCACGGAUUGAGUGCGAGAUUCCUGCGGACACUCGGCAGAUUCUGUUCAUUGCCGGUGGGACGGGAAUCGCUCCUGCUCUGCAAGCCGGAUACACCCUUCUCCACCGGAAAGACCUAGCCCAAAAACCUCACAUACACAUCUUGUGGGCGAAUCGAAGACGCGAUGACUGUCUUGGGGGUGUCAGUGAUACUUUACCAACGGAUGAGACACAACGGAGGUCCUGGUUUUCUGGUCUGUUCGGAUCUUCCAAACCCAGCCCUCCACCCGUAGAUUUGCCACGCAUUCCUGCUGCAACUUCGCUCAUGGUCCGGGAGCUUGAGGCCCUUAAAGCCCAAUAUCCGGGGCAGAUUACUGUGAACUACUUUAUUGACGAGGAGAAUUCGUUUAUUGGGGGAAAAAUCAUCUCAAGUUUCACUGACUCUGCCCCAUCGAAGGGUUCUCCAGGAGGCAAAAUAAUUCUUGUGUCAGGGCCAGAAGGAUUUAUUAGCUACAUGGCAGGACCAAAGCUCUGGGCACAAGGAAUGGAACUACAGGGGCCUCUUCAAGGAGUUAUCAAAGCACUUGAGUUGAAAGAUUGGGCGGUAUGGAAGCUUUGA